GUGAGGAGGUGUUGUCGUGUGACUUUUACAUUUCUCUUAGUGUCUGAGAAGUAAACUAAACCAAAGUGUAUAUUCAAGGAUUGUGACACUUUCAAACUACGGCACAAACUCCAUUUGAACUUAUCUUCAACUGCCACCAUGUUGGAAGACAAGAAGACCAAGGUGAAGAUCACCUUCCUGGUUAUUCUGGUGGGGAUCUCAUCCAUGUUGGCGGCAGUGGUGACGGACCACUGGGCAGUACUGAGUCCCAGAGUGGAGCGGCUCAACACCACCUGCGAAGCAGCCCAUUUUGGACUCUGGAGGCUGUGUAAAAAGAGUAUCUUCAUUGUGGAGGAAGACCCUCAAGGCAAAGGAUGUGGUCCCAUCAGCCUGCCAGGAGUGAAGAACUGCUCCUACUUCAAACACUUCACAUCAGGGGAGGAGGCCGAAGUUUUUGAAGUUAAGACUCAGAAAGAGUACAACAUCUCAGCUGCUGCUAUAGCCAUCUUCAGCUUGGCCUUCAUGACUCUGGGCAGCCUUUGCCUCCUGGGGGCUUUUGGGAAGGGCAGAGAUUACCUACUGAGACCAGCUGGCAUGUUCUUUGCUUUUGCAGGUCUGUGCAUCGUCAUCUCCGUGGAGGUCAUGAGGCAGUCGGUCAAACGCAUGAUUGACAGUGACGAGACCAUAUGGUUUGAGUACUACUACUCGUGGUCGUUCUCUUGUGCCUGCGCAGCUUUCACCCUCCUCUUCCUCAGCGGUGUCAGCCUAUUCAUUAUCUCUAUGCCACACAUGCCGAGAAACCCCUGGGAGACCUGCAUGGAUGCUGAACCAGAGCCCAUAGACUAGUAUGACGUUAACUGCAGAGCACAGCACACCAUACGACUGACCAUGGAUUCAUGCUAGCAGUGUGAAUGACAAUGAGAUGCAAUGAUGUGAUAAAGAUGCAUUGGUAUUUUUAAUUGAAUUAACAGACAGAAGUGACACAAGUUCUAAAUAUCUAUAUUAAGUUCAGUAUCUAUAACAUAAAUUUGAUACGUUUUAUGGUAUUCAGUAUUCUGAAAACAUUUCUACAGUAUGUGCAUUCAUGCUUAUGAGCAAUAUGAGGAUAUUUAUAGACUUUGUAAUGAUAUGUAAAAUACAUAAUGCAUUAUUUCGGAAACAGUGCCACUAGAAUGCAACAAAUCAAGUUUUUGAUGAAUUAUUGUUGAAUGACAGCUUUCCAGUUUCAGCAAAUACGGAUCACACUUUAGAAAGCGGUGAAACUAUUAACAUUAUUAAUACAGGUUUAUUCUUUUACAGUUCUCCAGGCUUUGCUAUAUGAUUGUUUGCAUGUCUCAUUGCAUGUACUGCUCUUAAUCAAGUAAAUGUGAUCUGCCCCUGCGCUGUCAAUCAAGAAAACCAACACACUCACUGAACUACAGCAUUAUUGUGCUAUUCAUAGAGUGGCCCCCCAAAAAACUUAAACCAUACUCCAUUGCAUUAGACAAAAAAAAAUAAGUGGCUCAAGCAUACUGUUAAAUCUCAUCUUUUUUAGCUUGUUAGGUUUGAAAUGAUAAAACAUAUGUUAGUGGAACAUGCCCAUAAUUAAUGUGAUGAACUACACCUGUGGUAACACCUGUGUGAACUUGAAGGGAACCGAUUUAAUAUUUUCAUAUAAAAAAAUAAAAAAAAGCCUUGCUGUCUCAGUUGGUUAAAAGAACAUCUUUGUUAAGCUCUGUACAACAGUAUUUUGAUUAUAACUAUACAAUGAAGAUUUUGAACAUAGGAGUUUUGCAAUGCAAUGUAAAAAAUAUAAAAAAUAAGAAGGUUGUUAUGCAAAAAGUUUAGGGCUUAACAUGUUAAAUGUUGUUACAGCUCAUGCUUAAAUGUAUAGGUGCAGAUGCUUUCGAAUAAGAAUAUUAUAGUGAAUAAACUGCAGUGUUAAUGUGGCACUAACAUAAUUCACUAACUAUAAGUUAAGCCUUGCAUGGGCUAAAACAUUUAAUCUCCAUUUAUUAAUAAAGCAAUAGCAUCUUCCCAUUAUUGAAAGUCAACAUGAAAUCAAAUAAUCAUAGAUCAGCAUUAGCCGCCUCGUGGCUGCGGCCAAAUCUCAGCCGUGCUGAUAUAGGGCAAUACAGCACUCUUGCAAUAUUGCUUUAUUAUCCAUCUCUACAAUUAAUUUUUUGCUGACAUCACUAAGCCACCACUUGUCAUACAAAGUCCACUUUCACCAUCCAAUCAAAUCAAGUCCUGUACUACAUUUUGUUCUUGUUAAAUAUUGUAUUUCAGUCAAAGGUAUGUCACAUUAUACAAGUAAAAUGGGUUGCAAAUGCUGUUUCUGAUUGACUUUUAAGGGGUUUUACAGUGACCAGUGGGCAAAUAACAGAAUCUUGAGGGAAUUUUCUGAAUAAUUACUGCCGACAAUGUUUCUUAGUUUAAAGGUGCUCUAUGUAAUAUUUUUACUGUAUUAAAUCAUAAAACUACCAUAAUAUGUCAUUAGAGAAUAAGAAAACAUGCUAAGUUGAAAUACUGGCUUCUCCUAUAAUAAUGCUUCAGCCAGUAUACUCUACUUUGAAGUUUACAUUCUGGGCUGGAAUUUCUGUUUCCGUUUUGGCCUGUGUGAUCCCGCCCACUGCCCACUCACCAAUAGUAUUUAGACACUGCCGGGUUGACAGAUUUGAACAAGUUUGCAGGAUGACAACACUGCGUGCUGCAGCCAUGGAAGCCAGCAAAUGAACUGGAUCAGAGAUGACAGAUUCCACCUGACCUAAAUUCCACCAUGACCAGAGGCGUAGUAAAACGAGAAUAAAUACUGGCGAUGCCUUUGGAAGAUGGAGACAGUUUAAAGCCCAGAAAUCCUUUAAAACGGAUGCAGAGUUGGCUAACUUGCGCUUUGAGUUUGGGGCAGGCAGACAACUCUCCAAUAUUUUGAAAUUGGACUGCAGUACCCAUUUCAAACACUUAUCAAUUUUACAUAUAGCACCUUUAAAAAAAGUCAGCUUGCAUUGUUAUUAGCUUCAUGAAAAAUUGUUCUCAAAAAGCUUUUUUUUUUUUUUCUCGGUUCACCAACCACCUCCUGAUCACGAGAAAAUGUCUUAUUGGCCUCAUAUAUUGACAGAAGCAUUUUGUUUGUGUAUUUUGAUUAGGUGAGCACCAAAAUGUAUUAAACCCUUAUAAAACCUCACUAAGAAGUUUAAUUUCCACAGUCUUAAAAAUAUAUUUUGGAAACAGUAUAGGUUGACUUUUCUUUUGAUAAAUUCAGUCGGAGUUGACCGAAAUUCAAAACACUGCCUCCAGUGGCCAAAGCGGCAAGUGUUGUUGGGCAUAUGGGCAUGUGCGAGCUCAAUUUUCCGGGUGUAUUGUCCACAGAGGGGCAUCAAAACAGAGUUGUGAAGCGGACGGUUUCCAGCUGCACAUGCUGUAAUACAGUAAGGAAGAUUGUAUAUUUUAGAAACUUCACCCAAACCUAACCAUCACUUUAGUAAAAAUAUUUGAGGGAAAAACGCAACUGCCAAAUCACACUAGUCACUGAUAACAAGAAUGCCAUUACUUCCAGGUUUCAAUGUGGGAUCUGAACUCUGGUCUCCCACACUGGUGUCAAUGUACCUCCAGUCAAACACACAUAAUUGAAUAUGAGCCGGUGCAAAAACAUCCGAUGGGAGAUGGUUAGCAGACUCUUAUUUUGGCCAAGGGUGUCACACAUGCCAACUGUUUUACGGAGAUCUCGCUCUCUUCAGUCAGAGGCAUGACAAACUGGGCAAAAUAAAAUGGUGGAAGGUUUACGAAUAUCAACUCCCUUCAACUCUCUCUCUGAAUCCCGGUCGCGUGGAGCUUGCAGAAAAAACAACAGGAUUACCACGUGGACGUAAACAGUUUAUGCUUGCGCACACAAAGAGUGAAGUCACAACACCAUCCUACCGGUGUCUGUUCUGACGCAACCAAAAGAGAGAAGCGCUCGUAAAGAUUGACCGAUAUGACUUGACUGCCAAAAGGCUAUAUUCACGUUCUGAUGAUGAACUGACCUAGAGAUUUCUUCUCUGUCCGGGUAGUCUCUGACUGAUUGUUUUGGUGUGGAUCCAUGUGCGAUUGCCAUGUACAAAUAUGCCAAUACCAAAUUAACCUAGGGAUAAAACGCACCGGGUUCAGAAACCAAUUGUGAAAACGCCCUUAGGUUGUGAUUCAUGGAGAUUUACCUUGUGAAGAAGUGAAUGAUUAUGUAUUUAUCACCUCCAUGCUUGCCGUAGAAUGCAAAAAACUCUGUAUCAAAGUCGUUCUAGUAUGCACUGUUCAGUGAGUAAAGAAAUUACGUUCAAUAAAAUCAUUUUUGU